GGAACACACCCGUUCAUUAUUUUCCAUAGAACGCAUAGCCCCUCGUUGAUUAUCCGUUACAAACUGUAUCUUUUGAAUGAGUUAACCACCUGCAAUGUUUUGAAAUGCGGGCUUUUAUUUUUAAGGUUUAUACAUUACCAUAGAGAGGUGACAUUAUUGUCAGUGCUGCUAGCAAUAUAGCAGACCACAGUAGUUGUCAAGGCAAUGGCGUGUUGUCAGCUUCAAAACAAACGCCACAGAGAAAUGUGUGGCAGAAAUGAGAGAUCGGCCGCAUAUUUUUUUUGUUUUUCAAUAUUAAUAGAUGAUCACUGCACCAAAAACCUUCGAAUGGAUAAAUCGCACCUUUUGAUAUGGCUCUUUUCCCUCUAUUUUUGGAGGUACGCAGCACGGACUGCUGAAACCGCAACGUAAACAAGAGAAGCUGGAUGCAGUCAUGGAAGUGUGAUGUGUGUAGCUAGCUAAUGUUACUGUGAAUUCAACCCAAAGUACCAACAAGCUUCACAUGUUUCGUCGCUUAUUGAUUUAUUUUAGAGAAAAUAAUAACAUUAACUAGCUAGUUGACAGGUACCGUAGAGGAGAAUGGGGUUGACUAUGCUAUGAUGAUGAUUGAGUCUGGACAGUCAGUAUGGAUUGUGCACUCAUGCGGUAACUUUUAUGACUUAACGUAACCUACCAUAGAGAACUGACUCCAUUAUUUAACACGUCAAUUGACGUCUUUCUCGGUACCUGGGUCAAAAAGGUACUCAGAACAACAAACCAGUGAUAAGCUUAUGGUCCAUCAUCAUAUCAGGUCAAAGAUGAUUGAACCACAGGACUGCGACGACAGUGAUGAACAUGAAGCCGUUCCAUUACCAACCCUACCCCCUAUGCCACGAGAUCGGAUCCCGUUGCAGAAGAGCAACGUGUGCUCCCGCUCUUACUUCAUGGUGGUGAUGGUCUUUUUCCAUUUAUACAUCAUCAAUGUCAUUGCGCUACUCCUCUACGUGCACUACAACAACAGCCCUGGAGAGGUACUGGCCACCCCGAACAGGGACGAGGCAAGCGGUGGAAGCAAUCAUCACAAGCCCCCCGAGUUCAAUCAGCAACAGUCAGAUUCUGGCUUUAAGCAGGACAUGUACCUUCCACGACUAGAGGGCAUACGGGUGGGCCAUGUCCAGAAGGUAUCACUGGUGCCAGGCAAUGUGCAUGAGAUGCGGACCCUGAGUCUGAAGCCCCUGCUGUUUGAGAUCCCAGGGUUCCUGUCUGAAGAGGAGUGUCGUGUGGUGGUGCAGCUGGCCCAGCUGAAGGGCCUGAUGGAGAGCCAAGUGAUGGUGCCUGAGGGACAGGAGGAGCUGACGGAGCAGCUCAACCUCAGCCCAGAGGAGAUCUUCAACCUGCUGGACCUCAACCAGGAUGGACAGCUACAACUCCAGGAGAUAUUGACACAUUCACGAGUGAGGGAUGGGAUCUGGCUGACACCAGAGAAUCUGAGAGAGAUCUAUGCUGGACUGAAGGCUGACCCUGACAGUAACGGCUUACUGAGCCUGGAGGAGUUCAGGCGUCUGGGCAGUGAUGCGUUCCAGCGGUUCUUGCAGCAGCGCGGGGUGAAGAGCAGCCAGCUGGUCAGGAACAGCAGGCACACCUGGCUGUACCAGGGACAGGGGGCACACCAGGUUCUCCGAGACCUCAAGAAGAGGGUGGCCCGUCUGACCCGGCUGCCCUCUGCUUUGGUGGACCUGAGUGAGCCCCUCCAGGUGGUACGUUAUGAGCAGGGGGGUCACUACCACGCCCACCACGACAGCGGCCCUGUCUACCCUGAGACCGCCUGCACACACACACGCCUCGCUGCCAACACCUCCACACCCUUUGAGACCUCCUGCAGGUACAUCACAGUUCUCUUCUACCUGAACUCUGUUGAGGGGGGCGGGGAGACCGCGUUCCCUGUGGCAGACAACAGGACCUAUGAGGAAGUGUCUCUGAUCCAGAACAAUGUGGAUCUGAUGGACACAAGGAAGAACUGUGAUAGGAGCAACCUGAGGGUAAAGCCUAUUAAAGGGACAGCCGUGUUCUGGUACAACUACCUUUCUGACGGACAAGGCUGGGUGGGGGAGCAGGAUGAGUACUCUCUGCACGGUGGCUGUGUGGUCACCCGCGGGACUAAGUGGGUGGCCAAUAACUGGAUCAACAUCGACCCAGACUACCAGCGCCAGGCUCGCUACCAGCAGCUGGUGUCACAGCAGGGGGGAGGGGGAGCAGCACAGCCCUGAACAACUACAAACUGAUGACUCCCAUCAGGAACUGUAGCUGUACUGCUGUAGCCUAGAAACCAAAAACAAUUACCUCCCCUUAGGUCCACUAAUUACACUAGUUCCAACCUCAGAAGAGUUAUGAGUGGUCCAGUCAUUGUAGUUAGUGGGCUUAGACAUCCCACCCCUCUUCCUCAGCCCAAAGAUACCACAAAGAUACCCCACUACCCACCUCCCCAACCUAACUUGACUCUGUCCUGCUGUGCACAACCUCCCUUGACGACACCUCUGCGGCCAGUACAUAGAGAGAUAUUUGAUAUUCACGGACUGUGGUCACUUUGGAUUUAUGCAACUGAGAAGGGGUAAAAAAAAUCUAAUGUUGUUGUUCAGAUGUCCUUGUUUGUUCACUGUUAGUUUUGUUUCCUCAACUGAAUUUAUGCAUAUUUCCAAACUUUACAUGAUAUACUUAUGCGCAAUUUUACCUUCUGUGUGUCACAAAACAUUAAUGUUACUGACCAUGCUACUAUUUGCGUGUACGUACCGUCGUAUGAGCUGUUACGUUAGACUUUGUACAGGUUUUUACUGUGUCAUGAUAAAGAUAGCCAUAGACUCCAGCCACUAGACUAGAGAGAUGACUUUAUAGACUGUGUCAGCUGUGGUCCUCUGUUUUUUAGCUUGACGAUGUCUGUCAUCACCCAAAGACCCCCCCCAUCUUCCAAUGUGAUGAAGCAUGUUAACUGUUAUUUAAGCGUUGCACAGAUUUACUUCAUUUAUUUAUUUGUUAGUUUGUUUAUUUAUUAUACAUUUUCUAUGUAUAUACAUAUAUAUAUAUAUAUUUAUUUGUAUGUCACUUGCAUCCAUUACUUCUCAACCUACUACAGGUAUUGAAUUUCUAUUUAUUUUAAGUAUUAUUUAUUACUUAUUUAUUCCAUAUUUUUCACUUUCCACGUUGUGUUGUUCACCUUGUUUGGCGUUUGUUUCAAAAUGCACUGAAUCACUUUCCUCUGCUCCAAAUAAAGUUUACUUUUGAAUUAUA